UUCUCAUUACAGUUCGCUUUCGGCCUUUGAUGGGGAGCGGUGUUUCGACGAGAACGAACAAUUCGGUGCAUAACUUUAGAACGUAAAAUGUAAAUUUCGUCAACGUAAAAAGCAAAAAGUGUCGGCGCAUGAAAAACGAUUUUAACCAAAUGUUUAAACGAAGAUUAUCAGUGAGCGCGAGCGCAGCGAAAAUACUAGAAACGUAGCAAAAUAUUGUAUAGCAAAGAAAGGAAAAAGUGUAAACCUGCAACGUAGUUUGUGUGUAGCAAUCGUAAAGUAGCAGAACCCCUCAAAAUAACAAAUAGCAAUCGAAAAGCAGCCAUCAUCCAUAGCAGCUCAAACGAAAAUGUGUUCCAAAGAAUUAUUGCUGCUCGCAUGUCUACUUCUACUCGGCGGUCUACGCUUGACCUCCACCACCACCACCACCACAUUUGUGGCAGCUAUGUCCAUCGCCAAUCAGGAUCUCGAUCGUUAUUUUCGCAACACUAACGCUACACAAAUACUCGCCACCGAAGAUCGUAUACUUAUAGAUUUCUACAAUUAUGCCUUUCUCAAUUACACCUAUCGCAAUGAGUAUGGCAUGGAGGAGCGUGUCUCAUUUCCGGAGGAGAAGGCGCGUUAUGGUGAGGGUCUAGUGGCCAAUCGGCAAGGUAUACUUGUACACGUUAGCGCCGUGGGCAAUGUGACGGACGAUACCGCCUGCUCUCCGCACAUAUUGGGCACAAAUGGCACAGCAUUUCCGCAUCGACAGUGGAUUGCAUUGGUGAGGCGUGGUCGUUGCACUUUUGAGGAGAAGGUAAAGCACGUGUGCGAUCAUGGCGCGGUAGCGGUGAUCAUCUAUAAUGAUAAACAAGUCAACACUUUGGAGAAGAUGCAAAUUAAAGACCAAAAACGCGAUAUAACUGCUGUGAUAACUUAUCUCGAUAUCGGCUUACAAAUGGCGCGAAUCGUUGAUCUUGGUAUGGAAAUGGAGGCCGCCAUUACAUUAGGCCGUUCUGGUAGCCGACCACUGAAUUCGUUGAACAAAUACUACAAGAAAAUCGUACAGGGUAGCCGCCUACAUUUUGGAUGAAAUUCGGAUAUGUUGUAGAUCAUAAAAAAAACUUCGGUGCUGUUCGUGUCCAUCUCCUUCAUUGUGCUGAUGGUGAUCUCACUUGUUUGGCUGCUAUUCU